CACCCUGCAGCCUAGGGCAGUAUUCAGGAAUGAGGAGGAGAGACAGCAACAGAUCCUUCCCAUAUGCACAACCCUCCCUGCCUAUGCAAAAUGAUUUUGUCUGUUCACUGCACUACUAAGCAAAGGCAGAACUGAACACAGAAGAACCAUCUGAAAGAAGCUUUCAGUGCUCGUGCUUUUACAUUAUUCCUAGAUGUGUAAUUCAAGACACUGUGACUAAAGGCUUCUUUUCUUGUGGAAGAGACCUGGAGCAAAUAUUUGCUUUAAUUAUGAGCACAUUUUAAAUUAAAUGCAACAAGAUGCUUUGAAGAAUGCAAAUAUUUUUUUUAUUUUUUUUCUUCUUUAAAUUCUUCAGAUUUUAUUUGGGGGAAUUUUCAACCAGGAAACUUGCUGUCAUAUCACUAGAAAUUAAUUAGAUAGUAAUUUUACCAUAAACAUGAUCAUUUUUCAGUCUUCUGCAGUUAGGUGUCUUUAGAUUUUAAGUGAACAAAAAGGCCUUACUGCAAAGUUGGUCCAGAGUUGGAGACCUGAAGUAUUAUCCAAAAAUACAGAUUUAUAUCACAAAUGGAACUGUAAAAGAAGAAAAGUCCUAACAAAUAUUUUAGUCUUUCCACAUUUUCCGGGUUUUGGUAAAACUUGUAAGUUGGUCAUCACUCCUGAAAAAGAAGAAGAUAUAAUAUAAAGUUUUGGAAGAGGGUUGUGUCUCUUACGGAACAAUGAGUCGCUCGGCAAUCUCUUCAUUUGUUGCCAUCAAAGAAGGAGAUUUGGAGAAGCGUAGUGAUAGCUUCCUUCAGCUAUGGAAGAAGAGAAGGUGCGUGUUGACUGCUGAGGGUCUACACUUGUACACAGACCCUCGAAAACGAGGUAAGGCAAAGGUUUUACGCUUUGACUCGCUUGCAAAACUGGAAUGUGUAGAGAGGAAAGGCGAGCGAGUCUACUUUACCCUAGUGACAAUGGAAGGGCAAGAGAUUGACUUCCGCUGCAGGGAACGCAGCCGCUGGAAUGCAGAGAUAACUCUAGCCUUGGUGGGCUUCCAAAACAGAAAAGCUGUGCAAGAGCUCAGAGCGCGCAAAGAACAUCAGGCCAGAGACAUGGGAGAUCGUUUAAGGAGCUGGGGACCAUGAAUGUGACCAACAGAUAAAUGCAA